AGUGUGAGUGAGAGAAAGAGAAAGACACAAGAGAUUUGAGGCCGUACACUGUACAUUUACAGAAAGGAGCACGAGCUGUAUGUCCAGAGCAGCUGCGGAGGUUAAGCGGGAUAUGGGCUCUCCAGGGCAGAUCCCGGGACAAGUCAUGGAGCUCUAAGCUAGUCCCUCUCCAUCCAUCUGCAUUUGCUGUCUUGCUCGCUGCUUGCCAAAACCACCUCCUCUACCCCUGCUGUAGCGGUUUGGCUCAGACUCCUAGAAGAGAAGAAGAGGGGGAAAAAAACCCAAGUGGGAGGGAGUAGUAAACUUUCCCCAGCUGCUGUCCAGACACACACAUGCUGCAUUGCUGCCAUUCCCCAAGCCCUGCUCCAUCCAUCCCUAGGGCACGGCCACUAGCCUGCUAGCAGCUAGCACCUGGCACGAAGACAAGGCCUGUCCUCGGGGAUAAAAAUACAAGCAGACUGUGUACACUUGCUGCUUUCUUUUUUCUCCCUUUUCCGGGUCACCCAGCCCAAACACUCAUUAACUGGGGCUCCUUUUGUUUAGCUGUCAUUCCCGCUGCUUUGAGCAGUGGAGGAUCACUAGCAGCCAGUCGGUCAGUCAUUCAGCGAGGAAGACUGAGGAAGCCAGAGGGGAGGGUUAUCAGAGGCCAGGAUGACAGAACCCAGCAUGGAGAACUGCCUGGCCCAGGUCCUGCAGAAGGACAUGGGUCGCCGGCUGCAGGUGGGGCAGGAGAUCAUUGAUUACAUUUUGGACAAGGAGAAGUCCCACGACCUGGAGCAGGAUCAGACUGCACUGGACAAGAUGGUGGACGGCAUCGCCAGCUCCUGGGUCAACUCCAGCAACUUCAAGGUGGCUCUGCUCGGCCUGGACCUCUUAUCUGCCUUAGUGACGAGGUUACAGGAGCGCUUCAGGGCCCAUGUGGGAACAGUUCUGCCCAGCCUUAUCGAUCGAUUGGGAGAUUCUAAAGACCAAGUACGAGAACAAGACCAAACAGUGCUGCUAAAGAUCAUGGAGCAAGCUGCCAGCCCGCAGUAUGUGUGGGACAGAAUGCUGGGAGGUUUCAAACAUAAGAACAACAGGACCAGAGAAGGAGUGUGCCUUUGCCUCAUCGCCACGUUGAGCACAUAUGGAGCUCAAGGCCUGACGCUCAGUAAAAUAGUUCCCCACAUAUGUAACCUCCUCGGGGACCCCACGAGUCAGGUGCGUGAUGGAGCCAUGAGCUGCCUGGUGGAGAUUUACAGACAUGUGGGAGAGCGGGUGAGGAUGGAUCUCAGCAAAAAAGGCCUGCCACAGUCACGGUUGAAUGUAAUCUUCAGCAAAUUUGAUGAAGUCCAAAGAUCCGGGAACAUGAUCUCAUCCUCUGGCUCAGAUAAAAACUUUGAGGAUGAAGACUCUGUGGACGGAGGCCGGUCCUCCUCCUCUUCAUCAUCCAAAGCGCCUCCCAGUGGCAGGAGGACUGUAGUGAGCUCUGUGAGACGACCCAGCUCAGCCACCUCAGCUAAGGCUUCAGGUAAAGAAGCAGGUGCUGGCGCUGUUGAUGAAGAGGAUUUCAUCAAAGCCUUUGAAGAUGUGCCCUCAGUGCAGAUCUACUCUAACAGAGAGCUGGAGGAUCAGCUGACUAAGAUCAGAGAAGUGCUGUCUGAUGACAAGCAUGACUGGGAGCACCGAGUGGUAGCGCUGAAGAAGGUCCGUUCCCUCAUGCUGGCCGGGGCAACUGAGUACGAGAGUUUCCCUCAGCAGCUGCGUCUCCUCGAGGCUCCCCUCAAGCUGUCAGCUAAAGACCUGCGCUCACAGGUGGUCCGCGAGGCCUGCAUCACACUGGGACAUUUAUCAUCAAUACUGGGCAACAAGUUUGACCAUGGAGCGGAGAGCGUGAUGCCCACACUGCUGAACCUCGUGCCCAACAGUGCCAAAGUCAUGGCCACGUCUGGAGUGGCCACCAUCCGCCUCAUCCUCAGGCACACACACUACCCUCGGCUCAUCCCUAUCAUCACCAGUAACUGCACCUCCAAAUCAGUGGCAGUCAGACGACGCUGUUAUGAGUUCCUAGACCUCAUGUUACAAGAGUGGCACACUAAUACACUGGAAAGACACGUGGCUGUUCUGACUGAGACCAUCAAGAAAGGCAUACAUGAUGCUGACUCCGAGGCCAGAUCCAUAGCAAGAAAGUGCUAUUGGGGUUUCCAUGGUCACUAUAGUCGGGAGGCAGAGCAUCUGUUCCAGGCGCUGGAGUCCACCUAUCAGAAAGCCCUCCAGUCCCACCUAAAGAGCUCUGACAGCAUCGUGUCUCUACCGCAAUCUGACCGAUCCUCAUCGUCUUCCCAGGAGAGUCUGAACCGGCCGCUGUCCGUGAAGAGUGUCAUUGGAGGGAGCAUAACAAGGAGUAAGCUGGUGAGCACCAGGGUGCCCACUACACCGGGUUCUCUCCAACGUUCCCGUAGUGACAUCGAUGUGAAUGCCGCAUCCAACGCCAAGUCACGCCUGUCCACCGUCCCCGCCUCCUCACCGUUCAGCUCCGCAGCUGCCCUGCCCCCAGGGUCCUACGCCUCAUUAGAUGGCACUCCUGGUAAAAGCGAUGGUCGUGUUCGCACCAGGCGGCAAAGCUCGGGCAGCGUGGGCGGAGCCAGUACCUCCUCGGUGGUGGACAGUAGGGGGCGCAGCCGAGCCAAAGUUGUCUCCCAGUCCCAGCGAUCCAGAUCAGCCAAUCCCAUCAAUGCCGGCAGUCGCUCCAGCUCCCCAGGCAAGCUGCUUGGCCACAGCAGCUACGGCCGGAUUCCACGAGCCACAAUGUCGGCCACCAGCACUCCAGCAGACAAGCGCAGCAGGAUCCCUCGCAGCCAGGGCUGCAGCCGCGAGACCAGCCCCAGCCGGCUGGGCCUUGCCAGCCUGUGUGGUAAAGUUCUUCUUCCUGCUGCUCUUCCCUACCGCACGCUAGCCCGGAGCCGCAUUCCCCGUCCCAGCAUGAGUCAGGGUUGCAGUCGCGACACCAGUCGCGAGAGCAGCCGCGACACCAGCCCCGCUCGGGGCUUCACUCCUCUGGCCUCCCGACGUCACUCCCGUUCAACCAGCGCUCUCUCCACAGCCGACCCCCACAGCCAGUCAGACCGCUAUGGUUUGAUUCACCAAGCAAGGAUCUCUGCAUCGGUCAAUGCCAUGAGGGUCCUAAACACCGGCACAGAGGUGGAGGCAGCAGUUGCUGAUGCUCUGCUGUUAGGAGACUCCAGGAAUAAGAGGAAGCCAUUGAGGCGGCGGUACGAGUCACCGGGGAUGUACUCGGAUGACGACGCUAACAGCGACGCGUCCAGUGCCUGCUCAGAGCGCUCAUACGGCUCAAGGAACGGAGGCAUUCCUCAUUACCUGCGCCAGACGGAGGACGUGGCGGAGGUCCUAAAUCACUGCGCCAGCUCCAAUUGGUCAGAGAGGAAGGAGGGCCUGCUGGGCCUGCAGAAUCUCCUCAAGAGCCAAAGAAUACUCAGCCGAGUGGAGCUGAAGAGACUUUGUGAGAUCUUCACCAGGAUGUUUGCAGAUCCACAUAGCAAGAGAGUGUUCAGCAUGUUUCUGGAGACUCUGGUGGACUUCAUCACGGUGCACAGGGAGGACCUGCAGGACUGGCUCUUUGUCCUGCUCACUCAGCUGCUCAAGAAGAUGGGGGCAGACCUGCUGGGCUCAGUCCAGGCCAAAGUCCAGAAGGCCCUGGAUGUCACAAGGGAGUCCUUCCCAUUUGACCAGCAGUUCAACAUUCUGAUGAGGUUCAUCGUUGAUCAGACUCAGACACCUAAUCUAAAGGUUAAGGUGGCCAUUUUGAAGUAUAUUGAGUCCCUGGCUCGGCAGAUGGACCCGACGGACUUUGUAAACUCCAGCGAGACACGCCUGGCUGUAUCUCGCAUCAUCACCUGGACCACCGAACCCAAAAGUUCUGAUGUCAGGAAGACCCUUCAAAACUGGGUGAGCGAGGAGCUAGCUGGCAGGUCCAGCUCUGCAGCCUUACUGUCCGCUGAGGGCAACCAGGAAGAAAGGUGUAAGCAGGCGGCCCAGGUGGUGCUGAUUGCUUUGUUUGAGCUCAACACCCCAGAGUUCACCAUGCUGCUGGGAGCUCUUCCCAAAACCUUCCAGGACGGAGCCACCAAACUGCUGCACAACCACCUGAAGAAUUCCAGCAAUACCAGCAGCAGUGUUGGGUCUCCAAGCAACACCAUCGGCCGGACGCCGACGCGCCACACCCCCAGCAGAACCAGCCCCCUCACCUCUCCAACAAACUGUUCCCACGGAGGACUGUCCCCAAGUCGGUUAUGGGGCUGGGGUGUCGACGGACUGUCAAAGCAUCCCCCUGCCCCUCCUCCUCCUCCACCCCACUCCACCCCUGCUGCCCCCUCCCUAAGGGUCCUGCGCAGAGCAUAUUCACCCAGCAUGAUGGAGUACGACACAGAGAACAUGAACUCAGAGGAGAUCUACAGCUCACUGCGAGGCGUCACCGAGGCCAUCCAGAGCUUUAGCUACCGCAGCCAGGAGGACCUGAAUGAGCCAAUCAGACAGGAGGGCAAGAGGGAUGACGCUGCAGGAAGAGAGGGCGUCGCGUCCUCUCCAGGCUCUGACGCCCGCCUGGGCUUAGACAUGGUGGAAGGGGGACGCACCGCCUUAGACAACAAGACCUCACUACUCAACACGCCGUCACCUCGCUCGUUCUCCGGGCCACGGAGCCGCGAGUUCGCCCCCUACGGUUACGGAGAGACCAUCUGCACGUAUGACAAGAGUGCCCUGAAGGAGGCGGUGUUUGACGACGACGUGGAGCAGUUCCGUGACUGCCGACGUCAGGAAAGUGGUGAAAACAAGAUGACGCUCCCCAAGGUUUUUGCUCCUGUCGGUCAGGACCACUCAGACCUGGUAGCCGACCUGCUCAAGGAACUGUCCAAUCACAACGAGCGUUCUGAGGAGCGUAAAGGCGCCCUGGUGGAUCUGCUGAAGAUCACACGAGAAGACAGCCUGGCUGUGUGGGAUGAGCACUUUAAAACCAUCCUCCUCCUGCUGCUGGAGACACUGGGUGAUAAAGAUCACACCAUCCGAGCCCUGGCCCUGCGUGUGCUGAAAGAAAUUUUAAGGAACCAGCCAGCCCGUUUCAAAAACUACGCUGAGCUAACCAUCAUGAAGACCCUGGAGGCUCACAAAGACUCUCACAAGGAGGUAGUGCGUGCAGCCGAGGAGGCGGCGUCCACCCUGGCCGGCUCCAUCCACCCGGAGCAGUGCAUCAAGGUGCUGUGUCCUAUCGUGCAGACGGCCGACUACCCCAUCAACCUGGCUGCCAUCAAGAUGCAAACCAAAGUCAUUGAACGCAUCACCAAGGAUUCGUUACUGCAGCUGCUGCCUGACAUCAUCCCAGGACUCCUACAGGGCUAUGACAACACAGAGAGCAGCGUUCGCAAGGCCAGCGUGUUCUGUUUGGUGGCUAUCUACUCUGUGAUUGGUGAGGAUCUCAAACCCCACCUGGCACAGCUCACGGGCAGCAAGAUGAAGUUACUGAACCUGUACAUCAAGCGGGCCCAGACGACCAACAGCAAUAGCAGCAGCUCCUCAGACGUCUCCUCUCACAGUUAAUGGAGGGAGGUUUCAUUUGGAAACCCUGUGAAUGGGCGCCAUGCUUCUUUCAGCCUCCCCUCCUCUUUCUCAUCUCAACUUGAGUUUCACUGCGCUUUUCUGCAGUUUCGAGGAGAUCCUGUCAGCAACCUCUUUGUCAUUCAGUUCAUCCUCCCCACCUCCUGCUUUAGAAACUUUUGAAUGUAACUGUGGAUUGGGUUUAAACUGGUGGGGAGGAAAUCGACACAUUUGGAGUUUUUGGAUCUAGGAAAUGCACUUUCUGUUCGUCCUCGGCUCCCACAACCUCCAAACCGCCUUCUUUCUCCUUAAGCCCUCAGAUUUGAUAGAUGAAAUAGUUCAUACAUGAUGCCGUGAAGUAUUCAUGAUCAGAGUGGAGAAAUUUCUGUCAGAUCGACUACAGUUUGGGAUGAAAUGUCAUUUGGCUGGCCCAGUGAUGGUAACUUAGAUUUUGGGAUGGAUUAUGGUUUGGGGAGCAUAGAAACCAAAUAUUAUAAGAAAAAAGAUACAAAUGUGACAGAAAAAAAGAAAGUACUGUAUGACGAUUUUUAGUUCAUGUUUUAUUGAUCAUGAUCGCGGUUCAUAGAAGCCUGAGCAUCGAUUGUGGUCUUUUUUUUUUUAAUUUGUAAUUAAGAGUGGCUUAAUCAAUUGAAUCUCCCUUUCACAGAAACUUAACGCUCAAGUUAAGUAACAAAUUGCCAAAAGAUUUAGCAACAUAAUUGACAAUCCUUUAAAUUUUGUGCAGAUAUUGCUUUUGAGGUACGGUAAAUGAAAUUGCUGUUAAACUGCACAAUUAAAAUUUGUCUUAAAUUCACAAUCAGCAGAAGAAAGAAAUGCGUGGAAAGUAAAAUUUUGUUGCCUGCAUUUCUCACCGAACUUUCUGCAUCAAGUUUGAAAACUGCAUUUUGUUCAACAUACCUUCAGAAAUGGUUGCCUGAUGGUUGCCAGUCUGUGGCAUCUUACCUGUUAAUCUCCAAGGUUGCUGCUCAGUCCAGUGACUGUGUUUGAAGAGGAAGUCCAUUGUAAAUACUGCGGAUGUUUUCCCUGCGUGGAGUUGGGAGAGAGACAAGCGAUCCGAGACAGUCAAAAAGACAUUACCAGGCCUUAUUCACUUUACACACUAAUGUUAAUCGGUUGGGACUGAAUGGGAUGUACAGCACUGUAACUCUUGGCUCUGCAAAACAAAAAAAAAGAAAAAAGUGAAUCUGCAGGAAAACGGACCCCUGGCAGUGUUCUCGACCUGUGACGAUGCAAACAGUAUUAGUUGUUUCCUCCUUUAGUUCCCCUUCACGUAACUACAGCUUCUGCAAUAAAUCCACAAAUUAAGGUAUUUUGUACAUACACUUUUUGACCACUGCUUCGCAAGGUUUUACAUAAUGUCAAUGAACAAAAAAAAAAAAAGGAAAAGUGAACAGGUUGAUCACUUUUUUGCACGUUAGCAAAAAUAGCUUGCAUGUAACCUACAGCACAUGCCAACUUGCUGUUUUGAAGGGCCCAGGGUUUUUGGCUGUUAAAGUGCACUUGUGACAUCAUCAGAUUACUCAACUCUGAUUUAAUGUUUCUGCAUAGGAGGUAGUCACAUUAGUCACACUCAUAUGUAAAAGGUACAACUGUUGACCCAAACCAUGUGUUUGAUAGAUUUUAAGAGUAACUAAACCCCCUUACUUUUGACUUGAAUGCCUCUUCCCGGGAAUGUGAAAAAAGUCUCAAAAAUUAGGCAGGGCUGAGAGGGGUGCUAAGACACACACAGUCAAAAAACCGUGCCGCCUCUUGAUCCACAGCACCUCCCUUACCCCCACACACACAAAGUAGUUGGUCGGUGAGGAGGCAGCGGCUACCAGGAUCAGCCAAUGACCAAAUUCAGCUGCAGUAGCCAGGUUUCAACCUUUAGAGGGCAGUCACUAUGCACAUUGAUAACACAAUAUGUAGAAUUUUAAUACUUCACACUCAAGUUCAAAGAGUUGGACCUGAAUCCAUCAACAGCAUUUCUAGAUAACCAUAUAUAUUGGUUUUCAAUUGAAAAAGUGGUUUUGGGGUUUAGUUACUCUUUAGGCAGGUAGAACUAUUCAGGCGGGAUACGGAGAAUUUGUACCUCAGAGCACGGCUGUGAUUUUGUUUUUUCUUUUCAGUGUUAAAUUUGAGGUACCAACAAGCUUUAAAACGUUGGAUCUUGCAAUGAGAUCUCUCUUUAAGUUGAUGGGUUCCAGUAGUUUAGCCCCAGAGAUCUGUGUCCAGCCAUGGAUCCCUGAUUGGGAAAAGGUUUCCCCCAUCUGAUCAGAUUUGUUACUGUUGGAUAUGAUUUGGAUGAUCAUGGUACAGUUAAUCUACUGUAGGAAAGGGGUCAGUCUCAUGCCUUUUAAAUUCCGUCAUCUCAUUUGCUAACGUCUAGCAAAUGAAUCAUACUAUUAGUAUUCCUUUUAUCACCUGGGGACAGCCUGAGUCCUUGGAUGGACAAUUUUGGACUCACUGUUUUUAGUUGAGUGGUGUUUUCAUUCAGGGAAUCCACUGAGAGUUGUGGUUAUUUAAGUAAAUGAAUGUACAGACUUAAUAUGUGUUAUAAUUAGCUUUUUAAGUAUUGGUACUGAAACUGAUAUCAGCAACAUGCAGCCCUGUACACUCUGUAAUAUGCCUGUCUGCACUCUGCCUGACUUUUCUUUCUCCUGAAUCCCCCCCAACAGUCUCAGACUGUUUAACAGCCUUGUAUUAUUUUAAAGCCAAUUAAAAACAAAUCCACAAUAAGUCGGAAAUUUCACCAGUCAGCACACUACCGGCCGCUAGCAUAUGUUACCACACUACUGGUCCUAGAAACAGACUACAUGGUAUUCCUUGCAAACUGUUCACUAUGCAUGUUCUACAGUACACUGUCUUUCUUUUGUCUCAAUCGGUCAUGUAUACCUGUAUUUAUAUAUUUUAUUUGAUUUAUUUUAUUUUGGUCUCUCAUGAUAAACUGUACAGAAGGGUUUCUUUUUUGUUAACUUCCACCUGUGAUAGGUUUGCAACAAUGUAAAGAAAUUGUUUGCUCUAGAAAUAAACAGACUAAGAACUGAU